GAAUGAGUGAAGAAGGCAUAGAAAAAGCAAGGCAAAUAAUACACACAAACUGUAAAAAGCAAAACCCUCAUUUCUUUUCUAAAAGAAGCUUCUUCUUCACUUCACACACUCUGAACUGAAACACUCAUUUCACGUCAUUUUCCCUUUACUCAUAUUAGGGUUUGCUCAUAAUCAUCAUCAAUGGCAAUUCCUCCACACCGUUCCUCAAAGACUGAAUCCUAUGUCGACAACAAGCGCAAGGAUGACGUCCGUCAAGCCAACAUCAUCGCCGCACGUUCCGUCGCCAACGCCGUUCGUACCAGUCUCGGUCCUAAAGGUAUGGACAAGAUGAUCUCCACUUCUUCCGACGAGGUCAUUAUCACAAACGACGGUGCCACCAUCCUCAACAAGAUGAAAGUCCUCCAACCCGCUGCUAAGAUGCUCGUCGAACUUUCCAAAUCUCAAGAUUCCGCCGCCGGCGACGGUACCACUACAGUCGUUGUCAUCGCUGGCGCGCUUCUCGAAAAAUGUCUCCUCCUCCUCUCUCACGGUAUUCAUCCUACCGUCAUCUCAGAUUCUCUCUACAAAGCCUCCGUCAAGGCCGUCGACGUCCUCACUGCCAUGGCCGUUCCUGUUGAACUCUCCGACCGUGACUCUCUUGUUAAAUCCGCUAGCACUUCUCUUAACAGCAAGGUUGUAAGCCAGUACUCCUCCCUCCUCGCUCCCCUCGCCGUCGACUCAGUCCUCUCCGUUGUAGACCCCGCCAAACCCGAAAUGGUCGAUCUCCGUGACGUCAAGAUCGUGAAGAAGCUCGGUGGAACCGUGGAUGAUACCGAGCUUGUGAAGGGUUUGGUGUUCGAUAAGAAGGUUAGCCACGCCGCUGGUGGACCUACCCGAAUGGAGAAUGCUAAAAUUGCUGUGAUUCAGUUUCAGAUUUCACCUCCCAAAACCGAUAUCGAACAGAGCAUUGUGGUGAGUGAUUAUUCUCAGAUGGAUAGGAUUUUGAAGGAAGAAAGGAGUUAUAUUUUGGGUAUGAUUAAGAAGAUCAAGGCAACUGGUUGUAAUGUUUUGUUGAUUCAGAAGAGUAUUUUGAGAGAUGCUGUUACUGAUUUGUCUUUGCAUUACCUUGCUAAAGCUAAGAUUUUGGUGAUUAAAGAUGUUGAGCGGGAUGAGAUUGAGUUCAUUACCAAGACUCUUAACUGUUUGCCUAUUGCUAAUAUUGAGCAUUUUCGUGUCGAGAAGUUGGGUUAUGCUGAUCUUGUGGAGGAAGUUUCUCUUGGGGAUGGAAAGAUUGUGAAGAUUUCUGGUAUUAAGGAUAUGGGAAAGACCACGACCGUGCUUGUUCGUGGAUCCAAUCUGCUUGUGCUUGAUGAAGCAGAGAGGAGUCUGCAUGAUGCUUUGUGUGUUGUUAGGUGUUUGGUUGCUAAAAGGUUUUUGAUUGCCGGUGGUGGCGCUCCAGAGAUUGAGUUGUCGAGGCAAUUGGGUGCUUGGGCAAAGGUGUUGCAUGGGAUGGAGGGUUAUUGCAUUCGAGCAUUUGCUGAGGCGCUUGAAGUCAUACCUUAUACUUUGGCUGAGAAUGCUGGUUUGAACCCAAUUGCGAUUGUUACUGAGCUGAGGAAUCGUCAUGCGCAGGGUGAGAUAAAUGCUGGAAUCAAUGUCAGGAAAGGUCAAAUUACAAACAUCCUUGAGGAGAAUGUGGUGCAGCCACUGCUUGUAAGCACGAGUGCUAUCACCUUGGCAACAGAGUGCGUGCGGAUGAUUUUGAAGAUUGAUGAUAUUGUCACUGUGAGGUAGAGUUUGUUUAAUGGAUAGGAACAGGAAGACAGGAAUUUAGAGAAAGAAAAACUGAAUCAUCGUAUUAUGUUUUAUGUCUUUCAUACGUUAAUUUUAAGUUUGGUAGUUUAUGUUCUCUUUAGUGAUGUUGUUUAAUCGAUUUUGACGCUGGCUGCUGUUGUUAUUUACAAAUUUGGAUCUCCUUGUGGAUUGUGAUACUUCCUGCAAGUCAUCCAAAGCACUUCAUCUUUAUGUGUAUUGUGAGUUUAUCCAUAGUUGAUUAUAUGUUUGACCACUAUGGCUAUUGAUUAUUCGAUUCUGUUUGUGUCAUUACUCCCCCCUUAAGGAGUUGAGCGGUUGCUUCAUGGAAUUGUGUGGAUAAAUUGUGUUCUUAUGAUGUUAGUUGAAGCAU